AUGCCGUCCAUCUCACCGCAGAUCACCAACCUGGCGAUCAUACUUGGUAUGAUGCAGGUGUCGAAGAGAAUCCCGUUCGAAGAUCCUCAGGUCUUGAUGGGUGUCCGCGCCCUGUACAUCGUGUCAAAUCUGAUCAUCUUCGGCCUCUACUACUAUAUCAGCAUGAAGAUCAAGUCCAAGCGAGAACUUACCACCCUCAAAUAUGUCGAGCCGGCCCAGAUGGGAUCUGGCGAGGACCCGAAGCUUGUCACGACCACAAUCCAAGAGUACGAUAGCCAGCAGGUAGCCGCGCAAUAUAAGCAACAACUCAUGGGCGUCGCGAUGAUGGGCUUCAUGCACAUCUACCUGAAGUACACCAACCCGUUGGUCAUCCAAUCGAUCAUUCCUCUCAAGAGCGCCUUCGAGAGCAACCUAGUCAAGGUUCACAUUUUUGGCAAGCCUGCUGUGGGUGAGCUCAAGCGACCAUGGAAGGCAUCCGGUGGCAUGAUGGGCAUGGGCGGCAACACCGGUCCGGUCACCGACAAGGCAUCCAUUGAGGCGGCUGAGCGUGCUGGACGAGGUGGUGCAAAGGAAGAAUAG